UCAGUCGAUUACUUCCUGGUUGCAUAAAACUAGUCGAUCGCUGUCCAUAGUGUGUUGGUGUGUUGUUUUUCUACCAUUUAAGUUAUUUCUCGAUUUUGACCAAUAUGUUUAAAGGUUUGGGGACGUGGCUGGGUUUGGAAAAUCCCACGGAAACGACGACGUCAGAUGACACAGAGGACACGAGCGUGCGGCAGGAAAACAAGGUGGUAGAAGCUCAGAACGAGGUAAACAAACAACAACCAGCUGAGCAGCAGGACGAAGAGAAAGAGGCAAAACUGGAAAUCUUGGAUCAGAGCAAAGGACUGGGCGAGUUCAUCUUCAGUUUUGCCUCCAGUGCCACCAAAAAGAUUUCUGAUUCAGUGGUAGGGACUGCUCAGACCAUCAAGAAGACAGUGGAAGAAGGAAAGAUUGACGGCAUCAUAGACAAGACCUUUCUCGGAGACUUCCAAAAGGAGCAAGAGAAGUUUGUCCAAGAGAAGAAAGCACAAAAAUCAGAAGCAGCAGUGCCUCCCUGGGUUGGCUACAAUGAGGAAGAGACUAUACAGCAGCAGAUACUCGCUCUGUCAGCUGACAAGAGGAACUUCUUGCGAGACCCUCCUGCUGGUGUUCAGUUCCACUUUGACAUAGGGCAGAUGUAUCCUCUGGCUGCAGUGAUGCUGGAGGAAGACCAACUCCUUAACCGCAUGCGCUUCGACCUUGUUCCCAAACUUGUGAAGGAGGAGGCUUUCUGGAGGAAUUAUUUUUAUCGGGUUUCUCUGAUCAAGCAGUCCGCUCAGCUCACAGCGCUAGCAGCCCAGCAGCAGCAGAAGGACGGCGAGGACAGAGGAGCCAGUGUUUCACCUGAGGACAUUGUCUUAACAGAUAAUGUUAGACCAAAAACUCCACCAGUUUCCAUCAGUGACAAACAGAAGCCACGUCAGGAGGAAGAGGAGGAGAUGUCCACGAGCCCCGGAGUGUCAGAGUUUGUGAGCGAUGCAUUCGACUCAACGGCCAUCAACCAGGAGGAUCUGAGGAAAGAGAUGGAGCAGCUGGUGCUGGAUAAGAAGGACAGCACCCCUUCUCCUGACGAUGAGUCAGCAGACUGGGAGAAGGAGCUGCAGCAAGAGCUACAGGAGUACGAGAUGGUGGCCGAGUCCGACAACAAAGACGAACAGUGGGAUCAAGAGAUAGAGAAGAUGCUCCAGGCUGAUGAAAGCUAAACUAAUACCAUGUUUUGGUCUCUUGUACAGGCUGUGACCUGGUAGAAUGGAUGAAGAGUGAUAAAUAUUGACCAAUAAUGCACAUGGGGGGAUUGAUCUUUCAUACCCUCUGCCCCACCCAACUGUGAACACAGUCUUGUAAACAUUCUCCUGAUCUCGGUGAAGGUGUAGAUCCAGUUAGAGCAAGAGAAUUUGAUCUCCGUGGGAAGCAGUGGUAAUGUUUAGGUGUAUUUUUGAAGUACUGCUUCAUUUCUCCCUCCUAAAUAAUUUUUUUAUAUCUGCUUGGUUUCCCUUCUCUUUACUGUGUGGGGAAAAGCUGGUAGACGGCACCUCAGGACAAGUUCCAAGAAUUAAAAAAAUGGAUAGAGCUCAUUGGAAAUCACAGAUCUGUAUCAAACUGCAUCUUUGUUUCCGCUGCUACUUUGUGCUAGGUUGUAAAGUCUCAGUGUAGCUAUAGUGCAUUAACGUCAAAUGUAAAGUUACAUUUAUUUAAAUAAAGAGGAUUCUAAACCAUAUACUUAACCUUUUCAAUUUCCAUUUUAUAAUGAAAUGUGGCGGACUGUCCUAUCUGCUUGUCUUCUGUUCUUUUGUUUUCACUGCAGCUGAAAUACUGUAUAUUUUCUGUAUUAUCAGUGCUUAAAUAAAACAAAUCACUUAUUAUGGA